ACAAAACAGGAAAAGGAAUCAAUCCUCUCCUUGAUUCAGCUCUGCGAUUCCAUCUUCUACUGUUGAAAAUGUCCUGCUGCGGAGGAAACUGUGGUUGCGGCGCAGGUUGCAAAUGUGGCAGUGGUUGCGGCGGCUGUAAGAUGUUUCCAGAUGUCACCGAGAACAAUACCAAGGAUACUCUCGUUCUGGGCGUCGCUAUUACCAGCAAAGUGAACUUUGAGGAAUCUGGUUUGGCUUCAGCGUCGGAAUCCUCUGCAAUGGCUUCACCUCCGAUACUGAGCCGAUGAGAGAAAACAGAAAGUAGACGCCGCGCCACCGCAGAGUUCCGAACCCCAUCGCCCAGGACGAAGCGAGGAACAAUGGCGUUUGCAAUGAAGCCAAGCAAGCCUGGUUUGGAGGAGACCCAGGAACAGAUUCACAAGAUCAGGAUCACUUUGUCCUCCAAGAAUGUUAAGAACCUUGAGAAAGUUUGUGCUGACUUGGUUCGUGGUGCCAAGGAUAAGAAGCUGAGAGUUAAGGGACCAGUGAGGAUGCCCACAAAGGUUCUUCACAUUACCACCAGGAAAUCUCCCUGUGGUGAAGGAACCAAUACAUGGGAUAGAUUUGAGCUCCGUGUCCACAAACGAGUGAUUGACCUGUUCAGCUCUCCUGAUGUGGUCAAGCAAAUCACCUCAAUCACUAUUGAACCUGGAGUUGAGGUGGAGGUUACCAUUGCUGAUUCUUGAAUGUGCUUCACUUUUCCCCUUUUUGGAUCUUUUGAGUUUCUUAAUUUGGAGAAGUUUCAUAUGUGGUCCUAAACAUAGCUCCCUAAGGAUAAAUGAAUGUUUACUGGAGGGUAUAACUGUAGUUGGUUAUUUACCAUACUAGUUUUGACAUUGGAGAGUGCUAUGUCAUGCAAGAUUCUUUUUCCUGUUCAUGUUUUUGAAUCUUCAUUUUUUCGCGGAUUUUAUUGAUUGCA